CACAUAUGCUGAAAGCUUAGUCAAUAUUUACGGCAACUUGGAAUCAGUGGCUUCUUCCCUUUUCUUCUGUCGAUUGAAGCAGAAGGUGCUAAGAAAUAUCUCAAUUUAAUUUUAAUUGAAUUCUUCUAUAGAUCAUACUUGUUCCAUCUGCUUAGUCCAGAAGAAUUAAUGAUGAUGCAAAUUCCUGUUCAUCAAAUGAUAUUCAUUUUGCUGUUAUCCAUAUGCCGCGCAAGUACUGCUGCACUACAGAUGGCAAUAGGUGAUUGCCCAACGGAGUGUGGAGAUGUUAUCAUCCCGUACCCUUUCGGGAUUGGACCUAAUGCAAGUUGUUACUAUGACGAAUGGUUUCAGAUCGACUGCAACGAAUCUACCAAAGGGAAGCCUUUCUUGACGCGUACCAAAUUGGAGGUGCUGAAUAUAUCUACCGAAGGAAGGCUUCAGGUGUACAGCCCCGUUACAUUCUUCUGCGAGGGAAAUGAUAGUAGCCAAGCGGCGGAUUUAAGGAACAGCCCUUUCGUCUACUCUCAAAGCUACAACAUAUUCACUGCAGUGAGUUGCAAUUCCUUUGCCUCGUUGAGUUCCGCAGACUUUGUUGUUGGCGGAUGCAGGUCAGUGUGUGAUCAAGAUUCUGACUACCUGAGUUGCGAUAUCGGUAUUAACUGUUGUCAGACUAGUAUUCCUCCAUACCUCACUGUUAUUAAUGCUACCUUAUCUGAGAGAACCACAAAUUGCAGUAAGUUUGCCUUCCUGGUUGACAAAGAUUGGUUUGGGAACAGCACCACUUCAUCAUCAACAAUUUCUGACAUUACAGCUACCAUGAAGAGUAUACCCAAGGUUCCUGUAGCACUAGACUGGAGCAUAAACAACCACACUAGGCAAUUUGAUUCAUUUAACAAGUUCAUUGUUGAUCGUCAUCAGUAUCAACUCAAUAUGUAUAAUUACUACAUUAAUUUCUCAACGAUUUGGGACCCGUCUUGCUAUAUUUACACUUCGCCUGCAGUCAACUGGUCGGAAAUUUAUUGUUCCUGCAGCAGUGGUUUCGAAGGAAAUCCGUAUCUCGGAGAAGAUUCUUGUUAUGACAUUGAUGAAUGCCAGGAUGCUUUCGCAUGCUUUGGCCACACCAAGUGUGUGAACGAGUAUGGUUGGUACCGAUGUGAGGACGACCGGAGAAAAGCUAAAUGGAUCCUUGCCGCAGGUUUGAGCUCGAGCCUUGGACUCUUAUUGUUGCUUAUUGGUGUGUGGCUUGGAUACAAAUUCCUGAAGAAAAAAAAAGAGAUAAAACGAAAAAAGAUGUUCUUCAAGCGAAAUGGUGGUUUAUUAUUAGAACAGCAAUUAUCGUCAGGUGAAGUUAAUGUUGAGAAAAUCAAAUUGUUCAAAUCACAAGAGUUAGAGAAGUCUACUGAUAAUUUUAAUGUGGAUAGAAUUCUUGGUCAAGGAGGUCAAGGUACUGUAUACAAAGGCAUGUUGGAGGACGGGAAAAUUGUUGCUGUGAAGAAGUCUAAAAUAGUUGAUGAAAGCCAACUUUCAGAAUUCAUCAAUGAGGUUGUUAUUCUUUCCCAAAUUAACCAUAGAAAUGUGGUUCAACUAUUGGGUUGUUGUUUAGAGACAGAAGUUCCUCUUUUGGUUUAUGAAUUUAUACCAAAUGGAACCCUUUCCAAGUAUAUCACAGAGCAAGUUGAAGACUUCACACUAACAUGGAAAAUGCGCUUACGAAUUGCCACAGAAAUUGCAGGGGCUCUCUCGUACUUACACUAUGCAGCUUCCUUUCCAAUUUAUCAUAGAGAUAUCAAGUCUACAAACAUACUCUUAGAUGAUAAAUACAGAGCAAAAAUUGCUGACUUUGGAACUUCGAGAUCAAUUGCUAUUGACCAAACUCACCUGACCACAUCACUUGUACAUGGCACAUUCGGUUACUUGGACCCUGAAUACUUUCAGUCAAGCCAAUUUACGGAGAAAAGUGAUGUGUAUAGCUUCGGGGUAGUUCUUGUUGAGCUCUUAACAGGACAAAAACCAAUUUCUUUUCUAAGGUCUGAGGAUGAAGGCAGAAGUCUUGCCACAUAUUUCAUUCUUUCCAUGCACAAAGAUCGUCUAUUUGAAAUUGUUGAUGCUCAAGUUUUGAAGGAAGGAUCGAAAGCAGAUAUUGUAAUAGUGGCAAACCUUGCAAGAAGAUGUUUGAAUUUGAACGGAAGGAAGCGCCCUACAAUGAGAGAAGUCACAUCAGAGCUAGAAGGGAUUCAAAUGACAGAAAAGACUUCUAAUGGUGAACAAAACUAUGAAGAGGUUGAAUUUGUUAGAACUGAAUUAGUUGAGCCAUGGGAUAUUCCUUCGAGUUCAACAGGAACAGGAUCAGCUUUGGAUGUUUGUCGGGUUUCAUCAUUCCAUGAAAUCCCACUAUUAUCUUUCAAGUCAAGAUGAGAAAAUGUUUCUUAGUUUUUGCCAAAACAAGAAAAUAUGUUUUUUUGUUGCAGUAAUAUUCUGAUUGUGUUUUGUAUGUUGUAGACAUCAAAUAGAAAUAUUCUUUUAAAUGACAAGACAUCAUCCUACUGCUAGAGUUUGGAGGAAUUGUCUACCUAUAUAUGCUUGUAAUGGUUUUUUGUUGGACAAUUUCGGAAUAGAUUGUAUUAGGGAUAGUUCUUUGCAAUUUUUUUUUUAAGGAAGCGAAAUGAGGGCUAACUCCACGCCCUCAUUU